AGUACGGACAGACAGACUCAGCAUCACAGCAACAAUGGCCUCAUCAGUCCUGGGGAUGAUCAAGGAGGAGGUGACCUGUCCUAUCUGUCUGGACCUCAUGGUGGAGCCUGUGAAUGCAGAUUGUGGUCACAGCUUCUGCCGAGCCUGCAUCUCACUGAACUAUGAGUCCAGCAAAAUCAAAAAAGGGGAGGGCAUCUGCCCUGUGUGCCAAGUUACUUACCAGUUUGGGAAUCUGAGGCCUAAUUGGCAUGUGGCCAACAUAGUGGAGAGGCUAACAGGGCUCAAGACAAGCUCAGGGGAGGAGCAGAAGGUGAAUGUCUGUGCAAAGCAUGGAGAGAAACUCCAGCUCUUCUGUGAGAAGGACAUGAUGGCCAUCUGCUGGCUUUGUGAGAGAUCUCAGGAGCACCAUGGUCACCAAACAGCUCUCAUUGAAGAGGUGGCCACUAAAUACAAGGGGAUGCUCCAGGCUGCCCUGGAGAUGCAGAUGGCUAAUAAGAAAAGAUGUGACCAGUGGGAAGACGACCUUCAAAAGGAGAGAGUUUCCUGGGAGAACCAAAUACAGAGGGAUGUAGGAAACGUUCAGAAGGAGUUUAAUGGACUGCGGGAAUUUUUGGACUCCAAGGAGACGAAUGAGGUGGAGAAGCUGAUGCAAGAGAAGAAAGACACUAUGAACAGCCUGGCAGUGUCUCAAAAUGAGCUGGUGAAGCAGAAGGAGUCAGUGAGAGACCUCAUCUCAGAUCUGGAGCAGCGGUUGCAGUGCUCAACCCUAGAGAUGCUGCAGGGUGUGAAUCAUGUCCUAACAAGGAGUCAGAACUUAAGACUGAAACAGCCCAAAAUGGUCCCGAGUAAACAGAGAAAGAUCUUCCAAGCUCCGGAUCUAAAGGGCAUGCUGCAAGUGUUUCAAGGGCUCCUGGAUGCCCAACGCCACUGGGUUCACGUGACCCUGCGUCAACCCAACAAUAAAAACAUUGUCAUUAACGUGGACAAAAGACAAAUACAACAUAGAAGUGGUUAUAGAAGAACUUUGCAAGUUUCUGAGUCCUAUGAUUUGGGUGUCCUGGGGUUUCCAGCUCUGCACUCAGGGAAACAUUACUGGGAAGUAGACGUGUCUAGAUGUGAUGCCUGGCUCCUGGGAAUAAAUGAUGGAAGAUGUGCUCAACCCCAGCUUAGUACAGUGAAUGAAAAUGGCUUCAGAGUCAAAUAUAAUUCUGAUGUUAACCAAGAUGUAAAUUAUCAGCCUGAAUAUACCUUUGGUUAUGGAUACAAAUAUGACUUAGGUUAUACAUCAUCAUAUGCACCUAUUUCUGUAAUGAACUAUAAUUCUGGUGUUAUACAAGCAAAUUAUCCGCAGGAAGAUGUGAUGGACCUUACAUACACACAUGAUUUGGGGGACAGGCAAUGUGUGAAUUAUCAACCUAAACAUGAAGUUAAAGAUGAUUCUGACGUUAACCAACAUGUAAAUUAUCAGCCCAAAUGUGGCUACUGGGUUAUAGGGAUGACGCACAGGUCUGUGUAUAAUGCCUUUGAAGAAUGUUCUGUCACCCACAAUGCCAGUGUCUUGCUCCUCUCUCCGACUCAUCCUCCCACUCGUGUUGGAGUUUUCCUGGACCGAGAAGCUUGCACUCUCUCAUUUUAUGAUGUUUCCAACCAUGGAGCUCUCAUCUAUAGAUUCUGUGACCCGAACUUCCCUAAUGCAGUUUAUCCAUAUUUUAAUCCUAUGAUGUGUUCAAAGCCAUUGACAGUCUGUGGGCCACCCUCAUAAGCCCUCACGCAUGUCAGCACAGCGCUCCUGUUUCAGAUGUAUCUAUAUGUCUAAGCACUGUGGGAUCAUCUUAACUUUUUCUACUUUUGUCUUCCUAUGUCAGUGACCUUCCCUUCUAAGUACAAACCACUAUUGGAUCUAUUCUUUGAUCCAGUUACUUGUCUGUUUACGAGGUUAUAGUAAUUUAUCUCUUCCCAGAUUCCCACCGACAAUGACUCUUUCCUCAGGAGGUGAGAUAAGACCUCUGCUAACCCACACUUCCUGUUUUGUGGUGCCACAGAUGGAAGCCAGGGCCUUGUGCAUGCUGAGGAGGUGCUCUGCCCCAGAGCCACUUGUCUCAGCUCUGCCAAGUCUCCACAACCCCAUUCCUCUGUCGCUGACAGAAGAUGACAGAAAGUUCUUCUCCAGCUUGUCUAUUACUUUUGAAAAUAUAUGUCAGAGAGUCUAGCCUAGGAAUGAGCCCUUAGUGUUACAUCAGUUUAACCACAAUGCUGUGCUUCAUCAAAACCUAAGAAGGAAAUAUCUCCAACAGCACCCACUAAGACUUUGUGUGUUCUGAGCACCUUCCUCUGCUCCAUUUCUGCCACUCCCCAUAGCAGUGUAGCCCUGAAUGACAUCCUCAAAGGCCUAUGCCUAUGUCAUUUUAUCUUUGCAUUUUUGAUAUUAAUCGUGUUCCUAUACUCUAGGUUGGUGUAAAAAAAUAAAUGUGGGGUCUGUUCUAAGUCCCCGAGGAUAAGAGCAAGGCUGCUGACAGGGCUUAGUCACUCAAACCCACCUGUAAAGGGACAGCCAACUCCUACCGAUUAUCCUCUGCUUCCCACACGUGUGGUAGUAUACACAAAUGCAAAAUGGAUUAUGUAUGUAUUAAAAUGGAAAUAAAUUCACUGAGAAUAAAACA